AUGAUGCACCUGCCUCCCAGUGCUCCACCAGGACCAGAGGCCAUCUUAAUGACCGAUCCAGGGCCAGGUGAAGUUCCUGCAGCAGCCACUGCUCUUCCGCCAGCUCUCCUGGAGGUCGUAGAGCCGCCGUUUUGGCAGGCUCUGAUCCCAGUGACAGAAGCCUCUGGCCAACACUUCCAGGAUCCGGCUCCAGCUGAACCGCCCAAGCUAUACCCACCUCUCCCGGUGAGUACUGACAAGAAGGGGAGGGAGACGUUGGAAUUAAGCAGAGACUGCGUUCUGCCAGAGAGCCAGAGGGAAGGAAAGAGAACAAUUAUUUCCUGA